CUAGACGAUCAGAAUCUUAUAGACUGGGAAAUCUUGAAUGAUAUACUAUCUCUUGAUGAAGACGAGCCGGAUUUUUCCAAAAAUUUAGUGUUGACUAACAUAAUUUUCAAAAUUGAACUAAAGCAUCUAAAUGAUUUCAAUAAACUACUAAUUAAAUUAAGUGACCUAGGUCACUUCAUCAAAGGAGCUGCUGGUUCUUUGGGUUUAAUUACAAUCCAAAAUAACUGCGAAAGAAUUCAAAAUUAUGCCAAGUGUAUCAAUUAUAAUGGGUUUCAAAUAGAU